GAGGCCAGACCGAGAGGCCCGGGGGAGGUGAGCGAGGCUGCUACUCAGCCCUGGUGGUGCUGCGGUCGGUCCGGGACUUGGUCAUUGCGAACCUGGUGGCUAAGUCCAGGUCCGCGUACUCCACCCCUGUCCUGUGUGACACUUUGGAAGAGAGGAGUAUUGUAGAAAGAACAGCUUUGUGACUUGAAUCAGGAUCCUUGUCUUGGAGAUGAGGGCAUCAUGGUAGGAGGCUUGAAGAGGAAACACUCAGAUUUAGAGGAGGAAGAGGAGGAUGAGAAAUGGGACUGGGGUCCAGCAGGCCUGCGGAGCUACCAGCAAGCCCUGCUUCGAAUCUCCUUAGACAAAGUCCAGAGAAGCCUGGGCCCCCGAGCACCCAGCCUACGCAGGCAUGUCCUCAUCCACAAUACCCUCCAGCAGCUCCAGGCCGCGCUCUGCCUGGCUCCAGCACCUGCCUUGCCCCCUGAGCCCCUCUUCCUGGGCGAAGAGGACUUCUCCCUGUCAGCCACCAUCGGCUCUAUUCUCAGGGAACUGGAGACGUCCAUGGACGAGACAGAGCCCCCUCAGAAUCCAGUGGCUCCCCCAGGCUCCCAGAACGAAGUGCUGCCCCAGCCUGAUCCAGUCUUCUUAGAAGCCCUGAGCUCCCGGUACCUGGGGGACUCUGGUCUGGAUGACUUCUUUCUGGACAUUGACACAUCUGCAGUGGAGAAGGAGCCUGCACCGGCCCCACCAGAGCCUCCUCACAACCUCUUCUGUGCCCCAGGGUCCUGGGAGUGGAAUGAACUAGAUCAUAUUAUGGAAAUCAUUCUGGGGUCCUGAAACUUUGGGGGGCUCUUUUCCUCAUCCUAGCCUCAGUGGGCUGGAUUCCUGGAUGCAACUCCGUGUGUGUGUGUGUGUGUGUUUUGGUGGGGGCUCUACACCGUGACUCUGGCCUCCUUUCAUCCCAUUUCAGGGUUCCACAAACCAUCUUGCAUGUGUGUGUGUCUGGUUACCACAGCCUUCUGUGAAGGUGGGUUUUCCUGAAGUAAUUUAUCUGUUCCAAAUGCCUUAACGCGACUCUGUUUCAGGGAGUCGGAUUUCCCACUUCCCACAUCUCUUCUGCCCUUCCCUCCAGUUCCUACUCCCCUUGUGACCACUGGGGCCUCAGGGAAGAUAAAGCUGGGCCUGACAGAUGAUGACUGGGAUAUGCUGCCUGGUUGCUAUGGGAACUCAGAUUUUGCCUCUUGCACCUCAAGGGAGCAGGAGGGGCUGGCCUCCUCCCCUCAAAGGUCAAGCCCCCACCUCUUUGGCAAGACCCCAGUCCCAGCAGUCUCCUGAUUCAUAACCAGGCCGGACCACGUGCAAUAGGGUGGAAACCAAACCACUCCAUGCCGCGUUAUUUAAAAGAAAGGCGGGUUUUGUGGUGGGUUUUGUUUUUGUUUUUUGGUUGUUUGUAAUUACUUUUUUUUUUUAAUAAAAGUGUUUUGGGAGGGGUGGUGUUGCCUAAAAGUUUCUAAACUUUCAUUGGGUCAGUGGGAGGGACCUGGUAAGCUCCCUGGACACCUGUACCCUUUACCUGCCGAAGUGAGGGCAGGCAUAUUAUUAAACAUAAUAUUUGCUGA